UAAAAUGCGUUUUGAACCGUUGGGCCAGAAAAUGUUCACGCGACGUAACUGGUUGCUGCGCUGUAGUAUUCUAAUAAAUAUUGCAGUUAUUUUGUACAUAUGCAGUCAUGUAAUGAUUGGCGGUAAUAAUAACUUCACUGCGGGCUCACAAUUCUUCAUAGCAGAGCAGCAACCGCAACAAGUGAAUGUAAUGGCCAAAGAUGGUUUAGUAAAAAAUGAUCAACAGCCAUCUUCAUCUUCUUAUUUGCAAGCUCCAACUUCAUCACCGUCCGCUCCCAGUGACGCUGGUGGAUUUCCGGGAGCUACUGACACGCAGCAACCGAUUAAGGACUCCGAUACUCCCGAAAUGGAUCCUAAUAUCGGAGAUCCCGCUCUGGUUAUAGGGAAUAUAGGCCAAAAUUCGGCCAGUGAAACCCAGAAUUUUGUUAACAACACUAACACUGAUGGUUAUAUAGUAACUGGAGACGAAAAAGACUUUGACGAACGGCUACGUAGCUUAUUGAAGUGCUACGAUCGUCCUUUUGAACCAGAAAUUCUUCAAAGAGGAGAUUUUUGGGUUUUAAGCAAUUAUAUAAGAGCAGAUCAUGGUGUUUUAAAAUGUCAUGAGGCCGUGACUUACACAACUCAUUCAGAUUACACGUUUUUGGAUAAUCUAGUACCGUUGCUAGAAAGAUGGAAUGCUCCUAUUAGCAUUGCGAUGCAUGCUCCUGGUACUGAUUUUCAACCUACUUUAGAUUCCAUUAAGUAUUUGAGGGGCUGUCUGCCCGAGAGUAACCUUGUGCGUAUGUUUGUCACAUUUCACAUAUUCUUCAGUACUAAACAUAUCCCAAAAACCGUGCCCAAGCAUUAUGCUGUCCUCAAAACGGGCUACAAUUGCAGUCUGCCUGCGCCGUACGUCAAUGUUUCUCUGGGUCACCUAUACAAAACGCAGAAGAAACUUUUAUAUCCAGUUAAUGUUGGCCGAAAUAUAGCACGAGAUGCAGCGACUACGCAUUUCAUUUUAGCUUCGGAUAUUGAAUUAUAUCCCAGCCCAGGUUUAAUGAAAAAGUUCUUAGAAAUGAUUGCACGUAACGAGGCAUACUUGCAUCGGACGGCACCACGCGUUUUCCCCUUGUCGAUAUUUGAAGUGGAGGGUAGUGCUCCAGUUCCACGUGAUAAAACCGAGUUGCAAGAGUUUCUUCGUACAGGUAAAGCAAUACCAUUCCAUAAGCGCGUAUGUGCCAGUUGCCAUGGUGUACCAAAAUCUAAAGAAUGGAUGGCAGCCAAUGAAACAGAUGACUUGUGUGUCUUCCACAUAGGUAAACGUACCGGUUACUUUGUGCACUGGGAGCCGAUUUAUAUUGGAACUCAUGCUGAACCUCACUACGACGAACGCUUAAGCUGGGAAGGCAAAAGUGAUAAAAUGACACAGGGCUACGCUUUGUGCGUUUUAGAUUAUGAAUUCCAUAUAUUGGACAAUGCUUUUCUCGUUCAUAAACCGGGAAUUAAAGUCUUAAAAAAGGACAAUCGCCGAGCAAUGUUGGCCAGUAAAACAAAUCAAUUGAUACGCAAAAUCAUCUAUCCGGAAUUGAAAAUCAUGUAUGGCACUCGUAAAGGCUGCGCCGUAUAGUAACUGAUAAUAGUUAGGUAGCAUAAAAUAUUUAAAAUCAAUAUCGAUACACUUUUGUAAGUUUUAAAGACUUUCUCCUGAAACAUUAUUAGAAAAGCUGUUAAUUAGAAAAGUUGAACAAAAGGAAAUUUUUAGUAUUUUUUUAAACAUAGAAACACAGGCGAUUAGAUUUUAGAAAUUGAAACUAGAAGCAGAUAUAAAUUCAAAGUAAAGAAGUAUAAGACUAAACAAAGCUUAAUGGAAUUUAUGGCAAAUCUUAAAAAAAGUGGAAUUUGCCGGAAUAGUAGAUUUCCAAUACAAAUAUAAAUAAGACAAAAAGUGAUUAUUUUUAUAUUGAAUAAUAAGAGAAAGUUCUUUAUUGAUAUUUUGACUAACUAUGGAAUGAAAUUGAUUUCCAAAGCUAUCUUUAAAAUAUUGUAUAUAUUGUUAAGCAAAUACGUUAAUGAAUUUUCAGUUUAAAUUAUAUAUAAAGUGAUUCUUUCGGAAAGUAGGUUCCCAUUAUCCCAACGAAAGCGUCGGGCUUAAUAACUCCAAUAAGCACUUUAUUUCUAAGAAAGAGAACCAUCACUUUUUUGUUUGCUUUUUAUUUUCACAAGAAUAGCGGUGUUCAAAGAUGACGUUGUGAACACAAAUAAUAAAAAGAAAUGUCGAGUCUGUUUCCUCCAUCUCUUUCUGUCAAUAUGAAAGCUGAAGUCUGUUUCAACAUUAGCCCUUAGAGCCUAGAACUUUUAAUAGCUGGCUUGAAAAAUUUUUCGCCUAGCCUUCGAAGGCAAAAAGUAUUGAAAAAGAGAAAAUUUCGGGGAGUUUUUCUUCGCUUGCCGCAAAUAUCUACAAACAAUAUCUUCGAGAAAUACAUUCUUUCGAUUGAAUAAUUAAAAUUGACAUAUUUAUUAAUGUAUAGUUUAUUUUAAAGAUUUUUUUGGCGAUUGAUUAUUAGAGAUAUAUUUUUUUCUUGCUUUCUUUAAUCAUACUAGGUAUUUGACACUUGUGUUCCCUUGAAUUUAUUAUUUUAUAUAUACAUUCCUUUUAUUUUUGUUUAUAUCAUUUUUUCUAAACAGACUUAC